GAUAUGGAAAUAAAAUAAGAAUAAAAGGUAGGGUGAAAAAGGUAAUUUGAGGAGAUGUAGAAGAGGCGGACAAUAGCCGCGCCAAUUAUUAGUGAAUUACAAAAAUUCCACUCUCCACAUAUUAAUAUUAAUUGAUUAUUUAGUUUAUUUAUACGCCGUCGCGUCGCUGGUUGCCUCAUCAACAUUGCCUUCUACUUUUCUUUUCAUUUUCCCUCGAAACACUCUCUAAUUCUUUCUUCUUUCUUCUUUUUCUUUUUUUUCAUUAUGAAGAAAUCAGGUUUCAUCGCCGCCUCCGUCGCCGCCGCAUCCGCCUCCGCCGCCGUCGCCUCCCCUUCUUCCUCUACCCUUGUUUGCAACCCUAAAGUUCUAUUCCCUCGCCAGGAGGGAAAGGAAGGAGAGAACUCAUCUUCUUCUUCUUCUUCUUCUUCUUCUUCUUCUUCAUCAUCAUCGUCUUCCACCGAUAAAUUUGCUCCUAAAUUUGAUGGAUUGAGAUUUAUUGAAACUCUUGUAACGGCUCAUAGAUGAACUCCGCCGGCGACGGUGACGGUCGUGGCUGCAUUUGCGGAGAAGCUUUGUAUGUUGCCUUUUUUUUUAAUUGUUGUCAAAAGAAAUGAUAGAUGAUAGGGAAUAUUGUUGAAAGUCUCUUAUUUUGGACAUUAAAGAAAUACUAGUUUUUAGUUUAUAUUUUUCAUUAUUGUAAUGAAAAUUUAGGAAAUGAUGGAAUGAAGAAAAACGUGUUCUGUGGGGUUUGGGGGAA